AUGACAGAAACCCCCUCUUUACAUUUAGCCCUCUUAGUUUGCGACACUCCUCACCCUCGGGUUCACGAAAAAUAUGGUGAUUACAAGAUUAUGUUUCCACAUGUGUUUUCCUUGGCCGGUGGUGAUGAACAAAAGUUGACAUGGGAGCCAUUUGAUGUCAGAGAAAUGUCAUACCCAAGUCUUGAUGAUCUUUCAAAUGGCAAAUAUGAUGGCAUUGUAAUGACAGGAUCUGCUGCCUCAGCAUAUGAGGAUGAGCCCUGGAUCCUCAAACUGGUUGAAUUUGUGGGACUUAUGCGUACAGAGCCAUAUCUUUCCAAAGUCCGUAUGGUUGGUAUAUGUUUUGGUCAUCAAAUCAUGGCCCGCGCCUGCGGUGGUGUAUGCGAAAGGAAUGAGAAGGGCUGGGAGUUUGGUCUUUAUGCGGUGAAGCUUACAUCAGAAGGAAAGGAAGUUUUCCAUACAGAUAAAGAGGUUAUUAAUAUUAGUCAAGUUCACCGAGAUCAUGUAUCAAAGCUCCCUUCUGGGUUCAAAACAUUAGCUACCACAGCACCCCACACACCGAUCCAUUCAAUGCUUUCUGAUGACAAACAAUGCAUCUCAAUCCAAGGACAUCCUGAGUUUAACCGUGAUACCGUUCGUAUUUUGAUAGAAGCACGUAUUGAAUCUGGUGUCCUGACAAAAGAAGUCGGCGAGAAAUUUCUCGAAAACCUUUCAAAUGCUGGCUCAGAAGUAGAAGAUAUUUGGCUUACAAAGCAAUUCAUCCAGUUUUUGCAAGGAAAGCUUGUAUAG